UCGAGACUUGUUCCUCUCUGGAUUCCACUUCAUAGCUUAUUCAUGAAUGAUGAUGAAUUUAUCAAAACUCUGUUUCUUUUCUCUUUCAAUGGAUCUAAUAAUCUUUAGAUUCUAACUAUAUACACUUCACUAUAAAUACUUGAGAAUGUAAAACUACACAAGAAUGAAUCAAAACUUUUCCAAAACAGAUACCAAAAUCUUGGACUAAACAUUAAUGUGGAGGUAGAGCCAUUACAUAUAAGCUUUCUAACACUGGUGGAACAUCUUAUUAAUGAUGUAAUGUGGUUUUUUGAGCAAUUAGAAAACUAUAGUUUGCUUUUUUUAUAUGUGACAAAAAAAGGUGUGCUAUAUCAUCUGUCUAGUGUUCCAUUGUUUGAACAGCUUUGGCUUUAGAAGCUGGAAUCAAUUUUGAAUUCAGUGUCUUCUUUUUACACUUGAUAACACAAAAUCAAACAGACCAUAGAUCAAGAACUAUAAUGGAUCACUGUAGUAAAGAGUAAUUCAUCCUCUCCCAAUGACGCCGUUUAUUAUAAACUUCGUAAAGCCCAGCUAAUGAAACUAAGGCCCAAUAGUAGCUGAAACACGACAUCGUUUUAAAACGGAGCGUAAAGAAUCUUUGAAAGCAACCGUUUUUACCUAACCUUAAAGCACCACCUCAAGUCUCCUUUUCAUCACUCUUCUUCCUCUGCAUCAUCAAUCAUCUUCUUCUCCACCAAAUCCUAAACCCUAAACCAAUGUAUCAAUCCAUGAACCUAUCCGUCUCUUCUAACUUCACUCAACGAUCACUCUCCGAACCAAGACUCCGCAACAAACCCCUCCAUCUCAAGCCUCCCCGCGUCUCACCAGGCCCUGAAUCCGACCUCUCAGGCGCCAAAACCCUAACCGAGAACCUCAUCUCUCUCCUCAGAUCCGUCCCCGACUGGGCAGACGAGAUCAAAGAGCGUGGGAUGCAGCAGAAACGCACUCUCUACACUCACGAGAAAUGGGUCGAACACAGGAGCUCUCUCCGCCAUGUACACCACUUGUUCUCUAGCUUCUCUUCGCGAGUCAUACUCUCUCUGAUCCCUCCUGUCUUCUUCUUCACGUCUGUUGCUAUCUUCAUCGCGAGCUAUAACUCCGCCGUGGCGUUGGACUGGCUUCCUAGCGUCUUCCCUAUUCUGAGAUCCUCUUCUCUGCCGUAUCAGCUCACGGCUCCUGCUUUGGCGCUGCUUCUCGUGUUCCGCACGGAAGCUUCGUAUUCUAGGUAUGAAGAAGGGAGGAAAGCUUGGGUUGGGAUCAUUGCUGGCACUGAUGAUUUAGCUAGGCAAGUGAUUUGUUCUGUUGAUGGCUCUGGUGAUGAGUUGGUUAUUAAAGACUUGCUUCUUCGUUAUGUUGCAGCUUUCCCUGUGGCUCUUAAGUGCCAUGUUACUUAUGGUUCAGAUGUGGCAAGAGAUCUCCGGAACUUGAUUGAAGCAGAUGACUUGUCUCUGAUUAUUGAAUCUAAGCAUCGUCCUCGUUGUGUAAUCGAGUUCAUUUCUCAGAGCCUUCAGCUGCUGAAACUAGACGAUACCAAGAGAGAUUUGUUGGAAUCAAAGAUGCUACAUUUACAUGAAGGCAUUGGAGUGUGUGAACAGCUAAUGGGCAUCCCUAUUCCUCUCGCUUACACACGCUUAACCUCGAGGUUUUUAGUCUUUUGGCAUCUAACUCUACCAAUCAUUCUCUGGGAUGAGUGCCAUUGGAUUGUUGUUCCUGCUACUUUCAUCAGUGCUGCUUCUCUCUUCUGCAUAGAAGAAGUGGGUGUUCUUAUAGAAGAGCCAUUCCCUAUGUUGGCCUUAGACGAGCUUUGUGCUCUUGUGCAUAGUAACAUCCAAGAAGCUGUUAAAUCUGAGUCUAUCAUACGUAACCGGAUCGUUGCAAAGAUAAGGUUCCACGAAGUCAACCACUCAUCAAAUGGUCGGCACAGAUCUUAGUUUAGCUUUGAUGUUUACAUAUUGUAUAGAAACACUUUAUACGAGUUGCUAGGGGAAUCUGUAUAGCUUCAUCAUCAGCUAAGUUUGAUCUUCUACUAAAAAUUACUACAUUGUUGGCAA